AUGGUCUACCCCUUUGACCUUCCAACAACCUCCCACCUCGCCUUCCAGACCGUCCUCUCAUCUCGCACGCAUCCAUCUCUGCCACAAUCUGCAACUACAGCCCGACAUGCCCUCCGCCUUGCGCUCAAGGCCCACAACCGCCUACCCCGCGGCCCCCAGCGCGACUCCCACCUAACCUCCGUCCUCUCCGCACUCAACAACUACAUCCCGUACCUCGCCGCAUUAGCCCAGGGACUUAACAAUGGAAAGCCAGAUGUUACGACGACAUCGCCGACCUUCCCUCACCCCGAAGAAAUUGAAGUAACGCAGCGCGCCGAGCUGGAGCCUGAAUGGCGCGCAACUCUCGCUUCAAGCUCUCUGCCCCGCCCUUCUACAAGCCGUACCCGCGGAUCAGGAAUUCAGUAUGAACUUGCUUUUACACUCACGACAUUAGGCUAUGUUCUAUCUUCUCUCGCACGGACUGGCGUCACUCGCACACUCUAUGCCGCGUCAACACCCAGUGCGGAGCAGCGCACCGCGGCCGUUCAAACAGCAACCAAGCAUCUCCUUCAAGCGAGCACCAUACACUCAUUUCUAUAUACGUCACCAUACUUCACGCCUGGGCUGGAAACAGCUGCGGCGCCCGAUGUAGCGCCUGAAACGCAGGCGGCACUUUCGUCACUCGCAUUGGCAGAAGCGACUCUGCUCACUGUGUUAAAAGAUGACUCUUACGUCGUGACGUGCAUCCAAGCCCGGAACCCGAACGAUAAAGACUGGAUGGUUCGCGCACCGGAGAUCCCCAAGGUCCGCGCGCAUCUCUUUGCGCGCCUGUGUAUUCGCGCCGCGGAAUACGCCGAGCAAGCUGCUACCGGGCUGGGCUCUGUAGCCGCGGAGGGCCGGAAAGCUGGCGUUGACGAGGACAUCGUCAAAUACGUCCGUGUUCUGGGUCUAGUUGCACGCGCUAGAGCAUGUCGGUUCUUCGGGGUUGACGCGGAGCUCGCAGGGAAGAUCGGGGAGGGAAUCGCAUGGCUCCGAGCGGCGAAAGGAGCGCUGGGACUACGCAACCCGGGGUCCGCAUCUACAGAGGAGGGUUCGACGAAGAGCAGGGGUCUGUCGAAGUUGAAGCUGGGCUUCCGGGAGCGGCGCGAGGAGCGCAAGAUGGAGAAGAGUGCGGGGGGCGAGCGCGUGGAGAAGGGGGAGCUAGGGCCUGGAGAUAAUGCUGGUCGAGAAGAAGAAGUGCGCGUGCUUGAAAUGCUAGAGACGAAGUGGGUAAGGACGAAUGAUACGAUAAACUCGCAAUUGAUCCCCUCCUCAGCGGACUACGUCACCAACCUGCCCUCAGGGCGCGAUGUCCUCCCGCCUCAGCCUCCGUAUGCUCUUCCUUCUCUAGACGAGGAGCAUCUGUCCCGGAUGCGUGCCCCGCCUACGGAGCUUGAACUGAGUCCCGGGAGUGAUAUUGAGGACAGUGAUGUUGAAAGCCCGGUUGCGAGAGAUACGCAUACACCUGGGGCUUUUCCUGAGCGCACCGACAGUGCUUACUAUUGA